AGGAUGAGUGUGUGUAGCUCCAUCACCAGAACUAAACUGGUAGUUCCAGACAGGAGGAAGAUGUUGCUUUUAUCUCAAGAGAUGCAAGUAGUGGGAUGCCUGGAGGGGUUCAAACACUUCACAAUGUAUCUGAGGAGCAGUGAGGAGCUGGUUAUUACAGUGCUCAACUCUAACAAAGAAACUGAAAAUGUGGCUACUGAUAGGCUGGAACUUGUCAACUUUGAUCCAGUGAUGAUAGACAGAGAACACCCACCCUCCAGUCCUUGUAGGCACACUCCCAGUUUUGAGGACGAUGAGUACACCUCUUAUCUAGUCGGGUGUUACGAAACUUACAGGAGACCCUUUGUGUGGGUUAGAACCGGACAUGAGCGACUUGUUCAGAGGUGUGAGAUGUACGGAACAGUUGACAGAGACAGUCCAAUAGAUCUACUGAGCAUGACAAGAUACAUGGUAGAUAGUAUCACUAUCUGGGAUAUCAUAGCAGAACUGGUCUUGUUGACUACUGAACCACCUCCUGCUAACCCAUUUGAUAUUGAUCACACUUUCCUGGAUAACUUAACUUCUGCUGAGCAAGCAAUAUCAACGGGAUCUUUACUUCAUUCUCUGAAUAGUUUACUGGGUAAAGAUAGUGUGUGGGCUACACCGGACAUUCUGAGGGAUAUGAAACAUCUAGCACUGAGACACGUGCAUACCUUACCUUCAUUAGAAUGAGAAAGAAAAAGUGAAAGUGAUGUUGAAAAUUAUAAUGAAAGUGAAAGUGAGUUAUGUUAAACCAAGGGAAGAAGUGAAAUUGCAGGAUUUAAAAUAUUAAUUUACUUUUAGAAUUCGAUCUUUACAGUUUAAAUCAGUCUACUAUUUUGAUUAUUGACUGCUCUAAGAUUUAAUUGAUAAAUUAUUGUUCUUUUAUUAUUACUUAAGAUUAUUUUGAUAUUUAUGUUUAAUACUGAAGCUAUCUGUUAUUUAUUUGUUGUACAUUUCAGCUUUCUUUAAAUCUUUCUUGAAUUGUUUAUUGUAUAUUUUGAGCGUUUGUGUUUUUGGGUAUUUAUUCUAAAUCAGUUGAAGCAUUUUGGUGUAACUAUUGUUAUUUGUUUGCAAAUUAAAGAAAUCAUUUGAUAAUUAUUUCUUCAAUACAUGGCGAUAUAAUGAUAAUGAUAAUAAGAAAUUUACUGAUAUUCUCAGUAGAUUACUUUAUUGUUGGUAGAUACUGUAUAAAAUAAAUUUUGAAUUUUAAAUAUCUGAAUUAUCUUUGAUCUUGUAUUUAUAACGUAUGGAAUUUAUAACAUUUAUGAAAUUUUGAAAUUCGUGUCUGAAAUCUUAUGCAUGAUCUCAUUAUCAUCAAUUUUAUCAAG